AUGUACUUCUCCAAGGCCCUCAUCCUUGCCUUUGCCGCUUCGGCUCUGGCACUGCCCAUGGGUGACAAGCCCCAAAAGCGGGCUGGCGUCCUGUCUGUCAGCAAGUACUCCGACUUCCAGGUCUCAAGCGGUGUUGCCGGUGACGCUCUGGCUGAGGUCAAGGCCAAGUUCCCGAUUGACUACAACGACCUGGCAAAUGUCGAUGCCGGCGAUCUGGCCAUCAUCCAGGCUGCCCGCGUGUUGGCCGAGUCUGCCGAGGCCGACACCGGUGGCUUCAACGAUGCCAUUUCCGCUGCUGGCAAGAGCACCGCGGCCGGCAAGGCCCUGCAGGUCGGCAAGAUCAAGAACAAGGUCCUGAAGCUUCAGCUUGAGGUCACUGGCCUGCAGAUCCAGCAGGCUCAGACGGGCACUGCCAAGUCCGCCGAUAUCUCCCAGGAUACGAAUAACCUGAACAACAACAUUUCUCUGGACAAGGCAGCAGCCGGCCAGACCAGCCAAAGCAUCGACUUCUCUGGUGAUGACAGCGCUUAA